UCUUAUAAUACAUGUGUUUCAGUUCAAGGAAUUCAAUACACUUCUAUACGAGCUCAUGAUUGAGGACACGACUAAUGAAAUUAUACGUAAUGACAUACUGAAGCUACACAUUUCGAUGAAGAGAGAGGUAGUAUUCACUGCUUGUGGUUUCUUUAAUUUGGACUACACAUUAGUACAUUCGAUGAUUGCCUCUGCUACUACCUAUUUGGUCAUUCUAAUCCAAUUUGAAUAA